CCGGUCUGUUAGACGCACUGCACACACUGAAAAUGCCUAAACCCACCUUCCCGUUACCCCCUCUCCACCUUCGGAAACUUCUCCGCUCCUUUUCUUCAUCAGUAAUAGUCACCAGACAACGGACCCCUAAACAUCUCUUCCUCUCCCAAUCUCCACCACCGCUCCACCACCCAUUUUCCCACCCCAUUACCAUUACCCGUGCCGCCAAUGCCAGCCACUUUCUGUUGCACCACCCCUUUUCCUUGAGACGCUUCUGCGCCUCCUCCUCCUCCCCUACCGAUGAUGAUUUAUCAGCAACAGAGAGGGACCCUUUUGCAGAAGAAGAAACACUUGCCCAGUCUCUUGCUUAUGAGCUUCUCAAAGACCCAGAUUUGGAAUCCUUGUCCUUAUCUCAAAGAUUGGAUCUCUCUUUUGCACAUGUAACUCUGACGCCUUCCUUGGUUUUUAACACACUCAGUCUUUCCCUUGAUGCUGGGCGGACAGUUCUUGAUUUUCUCAAAUGGGUAAGUUCAAGACCCAAUGCUUUUGAUGUUGACGAUGAAUUAUUUUCCUAUUUUGUGGAUUAUUUUGGGAGGAGGAAGGAUUUUAAGGCUGCCCAUGAUGUUCUUGUUGAUGGGAUUGGAAAAACUGGGUGGAAAUCCUUUGAAUCUUUGGUUGAUAGGCUAGUUAGGGCCGGCCGGCCCACGCAAGCUGUAGCAUUGUUUGAGAAAAUGGAGACGGAAUAUGGGCUGAAGAGAAAUUUGGAUUAUUUGAAACUGAUCGUGUCCAAGCUCUGUGAACAUGGUUUUGCUAGUUAUGCUGAGAAAAUGGUGAAAAGUUUGGCUAAUGAGUUUUUCCCUGAUGAGUACAUCUGUGAUGCUUUGAUUAGAGGGUGGUGUGUUGAUGAGAAACUGGACGAGGCGAAGAGGUUAGCUGGAGAAAUGUAUAGGGGAGGGUUUGAGAUUAGUACUUUGGCUUAUAAUGCUAUUCUCGAUUGUGUGUGUAGGCUUUGUAGGAAAAAGGAUCCGUUUCGUCUUCAAUCUGAGGCUCAGAAGGUGUUGGUGGAGAUGGAAGAGAUAGGUGUUCCACGAGACGUGGAGACCUUCAAUGUGUUGAUUAAUAACUUGUGUAAGAUUAGGAUGACAGAGGAUGCCAUGAAAUUGUUUUAUAGGAUGGGUGAGUGGGGGUGUUAUCCAAACGAAACAACAUUUAUUUUGAUGAUUAGGAGUUUGUAUCAAGCAGCCAGGGUCGGAGAGGGUGAUGAAAUGAUUGAUAGAAUGAAAUCGGCGGGGUAUGGGGAUGCACUUGAUAAAAAAGAAUAUUAUGGGUUGCUGAAGAUAUUGUGCGGGAUUGAGAGGAUUGAUCAUGCUAUGACUGUCUUUGUGAAAAUGAAAGAGGAUGGUUGCAAGCCAGGGAUCAAGACUUAUGAUUUGUUGAUGGGGAAAUUAUGUGCUCAUGGGAGAUUGGAUAAAGCAAAUGUUCUCUACAAGGAAGCAGAGAGUAAUGGGGUGCCUGUUGAACCCAAAGCUUAUAAGUUAGAUCCUAGGUUUGUAAAGAAGAAACCUACUGCUGUGAAGGAGGAGAAGAAGAGGGAAACUUUGCCUGAGAAAAUGGCUAGGAAAAGGAGAACUCUUAAGAAGCUUAGACUAAGUUAUGUAAAGAAGCCAAAGCGAAUGAUGCGUCGAGCUUUCUGAUAACCAAUUUGAUUGUAUCGAUACCAUUUUCCAAGAGGUGCAAGGAAUUUUUGUUCCUUUAAAAUAUGUUUUACAGAUAGGCUGCUUAGAAAAUGCCCUUUUCUCAUUUUAUUUUUGUUUGGUUAUUGAUUUUGAUAUUACAGUUGGCUAAAUGGAAAUGUGAUCAUGAGAUUUUCUUUUUUUAAACAUACGUUGAAUUCGCAUUGUCGAUGACGAUUGUAGGCAAUAAGAUGCUUGUGGUCUUGCAGCUCAUGAUUAUUUAG